AUGGACCAGAAACUCAAGGUAAACUCAGUAGGCGUCUAUGAUCAAGCGGCAUCCAAUCUUGUAGCUGUAACUAACUUGGACGGUACUGUUCAGCAGAUACUAGAUAUGGGUGGAGGAAGCUGGGACCGAGAUACUGUUAUCCGUGCACUACAGGCUGCAUAUAAUAAUCCAGAGCGAGCUGUUGAAUACCUCUAUUCUGGUAUUCCAGAGCAAGCAGAAGUUGCUCCUGUUGCGCAACCUCCUGCUGGUGCCCAGCCUGUGGUCACUUCAAUUUAUGAUACACAGCCAGCUGUACCUUCCGGUGGACCAAAUGCUAAUCCUUUAGAUCUUUUCCCACAGGGUCUCCCAACUAUGGGCUCAAAUGCAGGUGCUGGAAGCUUGGAUUUUCUUCGCAAUAGUCAACAGUUCCAAGCCCUGCGAGCUGUCGUGCAAGCCAAUCCUCAAAUCUUGCAGCCUAUGCUUCAAGAGCUUGGAAAGCAAAACCCUCAGCUGGUUCGGCUGAUUCAGGAACAUCAGGCUGACUUCCUACAGCUAAUAAAUGAACCUGUUGAGGAGGGGGAAGGGAACAUAUUAGGGCAACUUGCUGAUGCAAUGCCACAGGCUGUAACUGUUACACCAGAAGAGGGUGAAGCAAUUGCACGUCUCGAGGCAAUGGGUUUCGAUCGUGCGUUGGUAGUGGAUGUAUUCUUUGCCUGCAACAAAAAUGAGGAGCUUGCGGCCAACUACCUAUUAGACCACAUGCACGAGUUUGAUGACUGAAAUUUUGUUGAUGUCUUCUUAUGUACAACGUUUUUGUCUUCUUGCUAGCUCGUCGGUAUUCAUAUAUUCCCCAGACAAGAUAUAUUUUUGGAACAUUUGUCCCAAUUCUCUGUUGCCUUUUACUGCCUUACCAAACAUUUGGAUUUCGCCAUUCAUUUCUAGUAACUGAAGCAAUUUAAUCUUCUCGCAUUGAAUUCAACUGCCAGAUUGCUGAAAA